AUAUAUUUUUUGAAACACGAAAAUUAUCCGGAGAUACUCAUACAUCCAAAGACUCUCUCUCUCGAGUCUCGUCAAUGGCGGAGGAAGAGCCUAACCACACAACCCCGCUACUCCGGCGGGAGUGGUGGCGGAGCCGUCUCGCCGCCCUCUCGCCGCCGGAUUCACUUCGCCUGAAAACAUCUAUACUCGCCGAGCUCGGGGGAUCCGUGGGGGACUUGGGCACCUACAUCCCAAUAGUAUUGGCGCUCACUUUAGUCUGCAAUCUUGAUCUCAGCACCACCCUCAUCUUCACCGCCCUCUACAACAUCGCCACCGGCCUAAUCUUCGGCAUCCCCAUGCCCGUCCAGCCCAUGAAGUCCAUCGCCGCCGUCGCCGUCUCCGAAACGCCGCACCUCACUCUCGCCCAGAUCGCCACCGCCGGCCUCUCCACCGCCGCCACACUCUUCAUCCUCGGCGCCACCGGCCUCAUGUCUUUCUUCUACCACUUCAUCCCCCUCCCCGUCGUCCGCGGCGUCCAGCUUUCUCAAGGCCUCUCUUUCGCCUUCUCCGCCAUUAAAUACAUUCGCUACAAUCAAGACUUCACCACCACCAAGGCCGCCAGCAGCACCCCUCGAUCCUGGCUCGGACUCGACGGCCUUAUUCUCGCCCUAUUCUGCCUCUCUUUCAUCAUACUCGUCACCGGCUCCGGCGAAGUGGCGGAGGAGACUGGAAUUUCAACUCACGCAACCACCGAGCAACGCAGAGUAAAUCGACGUUUAAGAACACUAUCAAAAAUUCCGUCUGCCCUAAUAGUAUUCUUACUCGGCUUAAUUCUCUGUUUCAUCCGCGACCCUUCAAUCGUACAUGAUAUCAAGCUCGGCCCGUCGAAAUUUCAAAUCUUGAAAAUCACAUGGGAAGAUUGGAAAAUUGGGUUUCUACGCGGCGCAAUUCCGCAGAUCCCGUUAUCAGUACUGAACUCAGUAAUUGCAGUUUGUAAGCUGUCGGCUGAUUUGUUCCCAGAAAGGGAAGUGACGGCGGGAUCGGCAGCCAAAGUGUCGGUGAGUGUUGGGUUGAUGAAUAUGGUGGGGUGUUGGUUUGGGGCAAUGCCGUGUUGCCAUGGGGCGGGCGGGCUAGCCGGACAGUACAGAUUCGGCGGCCGGAGCGGGCUGUCGGUGGUGUUUCUGGGGCUGGGGAAACUGUUUCUUGGGUUGUUGCUUGGGAAUUCUCUGGUGAGGAUUCUGAAUGAGUUCCCAAUUGGGCUUCUUGGGGUGCUUCUGCUGUUUGCUGGGAUAGAAUUGGCUAUGGCGUCAAGGGAUAUGAACUCAAAGGAAGAGUCUUUUGUGAUGCUGGUGUGUGCUGCCAUUUCACUCACAGGUUCUAGUGCUGCACUGGGAUUUGUGUGUGGGGUGCUGCUGUUUCUGCUGCUUAAACUCAGGUACCUUGACUGCUCUCAUUUCAGAUUCAGGAAAUCAACUUCCAUGUUUGGUGGUGCUGAGCCUGACAUUCUCAAUCCAUAAGACAUUCUUGGACACUGUUCACUAUUGUAGUGCUAGAUGUAUAAUUGAGUGCCGAGUCUGUACUUGAGGGUGUGUACCGAGUAAAUCAACUUUGUUACUUUAGUCUUAGCGAGUCAGCAAAAGGUCAGGUAAACCAGUUUAGGUUAUCCAUAACUCACCAGCUAUGUUGUAUAAUUUAUUAGCAGGAAGGGACAUCAAUGUUUUGUCAUAGGUUGCUGCAAAUGAUGCUUUGCUUAGUACACCUCAAGUCAUUAGAGUAAGUCUUGUGUGAGAUCUUCUCUAUUUUAAAUAAAACAUAUUAUGCAUUUCA